AUGCAUCAAUUCGACCAGCAACAACAGGUCAAUAAGUACGAGCAUUGGCCUGAGAGUCCAGAACGAAAGAGCUCACCAAGUUUGACUCCACCUUCCUAUACCUACCCAACAGAAGCCUACGGUAACGGUGUUACUGUACCGUACUUUCCAGCUUCUCAUACUGAUUCAGCGACCAGCUCCGAACAGUCCCCACAGAAUAACUAUGGGUAUGGCAAUGUUGGUAAUGGCAGUGGAUUCGAGGGAUGGUGAGUCGAGUUUUGAUUUUUUAAGAGGAUGGGGGGGGUGUAGGGCGGUUUUUUGUAAGGUACAGUAGGCAAGUUUAGAGUAGAGGGUAGGACAGGGUAAUUUUAGUAGGGUAGGGUAGAGAGGGGGAGGGGUGGACAAUUUUGGAAUGGGUGAAGAUUUGGUAGGGCAUGGCUAUGCAAGCAUGGAGAAGUGUAAGGGUACGGCUGGGCGUGAAAAAAUUUUAGAGGGUAGGGUAAGGUAGGGUAGGGUAGGUUGGAGUAAACUAGAAUAAGGUAAGGCUUUUUUCAAUUUUUUUGAGGCAGGGUAAAUUGUAGAAUUUUAUAAAUCUUAUCAUUGCAGGCCCCAAAACGCCCCACCAGAAGGCAUGCUCUACGUUGACCAGGUGCCAAGCGUCUACAUGGAUGGCUACAUGAUUCCUUCCGUAUCAUCAGCUCAAGCUGGGUAUAGUAAUGUCUCUCCGCAACAAUGGUAAGCUAUUUUCUAUUUUAUUUAGCAGAAUUUUAACUAUAGCUGUCAUUAAUAUGAUAUUUUAGGUAGAAAAACAGAUUUUUAUAACAUUUGAAAUUUUUUUCUAUUUUUAAAAAAUAUUUUUAUAUUUAAAAAAAAAUUUUUUAUUUUAUUUUAUUAAAAAUAUAUGAAUAAAUUUGAAUUGAAUAUUUAAUAUUUUUUUAUUUUUUUUAUUUUUAAAAAUUGUUAUGUAUAAAAAAUUUUUUAAUUUUUUUUUAAUUUUUAAAUUUUUUAAAAUUAUUUAUUUAUUAUUUUUUUAAUUUAAAAUUUUUUUAGUUUAAAUUUUUUUUAUUUUUUUUUAAUUUUAAAUUUUUUUUUAUUAUUCUUAAGUUUUUUAUUUAAAUUACUUUUUUUAUUUCAAUUUUUUUUAUUUAAAGUUUUUUUUAUUAAAAAAUACUUUCAGGGUAUCCAGUUCAUCACCACCCUCAUCAAUAUACCCAGCUCCAUCACCUCUCCAGACUAGCUAUGCUGACUCAACAAUCUACAUGAAUGAUGUCAUGUGUAACUUAUCCCUACAACAACCCUCGACUUCGGCCGAUAAUUCCGUGUUUUUUGAGUUUUUCGACCAGUCGAAAGCAUUGCCCAGCCUUAGGACAUUUAAUGUCUCGAAUGUUGAUGGUAAUGGGCUAGAAGUUCAACGGAAUGAGGCGGAAGGGCUUCGGAACGUUCAGAUAUUCGAAGAUGGAGCCAUGGCCAAUGGCCAUAAUAAUAUGACAAUGGUGAUGAAUGGGGCUCAUGUAUUCCAGAAGUCUUCGUAUGGUAAUGAUAUUAAGAUGUAUGGUAGUUUGGAUGGAACAGUAAGGCAGGUUGAUGGAACAGUAAGGCAGGUUAAUGGAACAGUAAGGAACGCUGAUGGAACAGCAAGGCACAUUGAUGAGACAGGACACCUAAACAAAUUCUACAGUACUGACACAAACAUCUACAGUCAUGGUAUCAAGGCAUAUGGCGAUGAGACAUAUGGCAACAAAGAGUUCAAUAGCAAUGUAACACAUGAUGCAGUGACGAAAGAAGUGAAACCAAAACGAAAACCAACUCAGAAUUGUCACAAGUUCUCGAUUUGUUCGAACUGCAAGACGGAUACGACAACAUUGUGGAGGAGGAAGGCAAACGGGGAUAUCGAGUGCAAGUAAGUGACUUAAAUAAAGACAGGGUAGAGCUAGGGGUACGGUAUGAGUUGCGUGGGAUUUUGGCUAGACUGGGCGUAGAAUGGGAUAAGUUAGGCUUGAAUAGGGGUAAGAUAGGCUUUGAGUGGGGCACGGUAGGCUUGCAUAGGGGUACGGUAGGGUCGGAUAGACGUAAGACAGGCUUGGACAUGGGUAAAGUAGGUUUGGAUAGGGGUAAGGCAGGCUCCGAUAAAGGUACAGUAGGCUUGGAUAAGGGUUAGAUAGGCCUGGAUAGGGGUGUUGAGAUAACGUAGGGCCGGGUAGGGGCAAGCAAGGCUUAAAUAAGGGUAAGAUAGACAAGAAUAGGUAGGCGUAGGCUAGGCUUUUGGAUGAGGUAGAAAAAGAUAUGAUUGUUAGGGUAGGGUAGGGCAGGGUAGGGUAGGGUAGGGUAGGGUAGGGUAGGGUAGGGUAGGGUAGGGUAGGGUAGGGUAGGGUAGGGUAGGGUAGGGUAGGGUAGGGUAGGGUAGGGUAGGGUAGGGUAGGGCAGGGUAGGGUAGGGUAGGGUAGGGUAGGGUAGGGUAGGGUAGGGUAGGGUAGGGUAGGGUAGGGUAGGGUAGGGUAGGGUAGGGUAGGGUAACUAAUAGUAGAAUAGGAUAAAGUAUAUGAAUGUACAAUAAAUUAAGGCAUGGUAAAUGCUAAAAUUUUAAUCAUUAUGUUUACAGCGCCUGCAACUUAUACUUUCGCAAGAACAACUGCCCCCGCCCACUAAAGUUACAAAAGAGAGGAAUCAUGAAAAGGGCUAGGAACCCGAGACAACCUCAACAUCGUGGCUUUUAA